UAUUGCCAAUAGACAAUUACAUUAAUACAUGUUUUGUCUAUAUUCUUAAUGAAUAUUAGCUGGUUAGUUAAAUGAUUUGAAAUGAAAUAAAUGUUCAGGGGCUGACUUGAUGUAUAACCAACCGUAUUGUUGAUUAUAAAGGCUAAAAAGCUAAAAAUUAAUAAUAAUAAUAAUAAUAAUAAUAUAAUAAUUUAUAUUUCAUUGUAGAUGGAUAUACAACAUUUUUUUUUUCGUGCGGGAGUAGGUCUGCAAAUGAGCAACAGUCAGGUGAGAAUAGAACAGACAGCCUCACACACACACACACACACACACAAUACCACUGUGUUCCCAAGAUUCAUUGCAGUCAUUGAACCCUUAUGUUGUUUUAAUUUUCUGCCAAUUUCCACGUACAUUUCAUAAGAAAAAGCAGUGGUAUCAUCAAAGGAUAAACAUGAAUGUCCUAAUACUGAAUCAGGAAGUCUUUAUUGUAAAAAAAAAAAAAAAAAAAAAAAAUCUACAUUCCCAAUUCAAAAUUUUCCAGUGACUGGUCACAUCUAAAAAACUGUAUUAGUUUUUUUUACAGUGUUAUAUAUGGCUCAGUCAGUACUCCUACUCCCAUAUAUGAAAUACAGGGAAUACAAUGGAAUAGUGGAUUGCAAUAAGGUUAGUAGUAUACAACCCUACCCUAAUAGUAAAAUAAUAUUUUUUAAUCAUACCCUUAUUGGGGGCUGAGCCCCCCUAAAAUCAAAAUCUUAGAAUCGCCCCUGCCCGUGCCCUCACAGAUUUACUUUAUUUUAUUUUUUUGUUUAUCCUACUUACUUCAGCCGCUACGGUUGAUCAUACCUAUAACUUGUUAUCUCUGCAAGAAUAUCAAAAUCAUGCAAUGAGCAAGUCUGCGUUUAUUAGGCACUUAAUAUCACGUCAGUUUGUGCUUUCAGAAUCGGCGAAUCUGCUGCCGUCGUUCCAGCACAUCUGCAGCGGAGACCUAAACAGGAAGUUGGUCACCAGAUAACACGACUAUGAUAAAGAUACGUUCUCCUGAGCAGAAGGAGAAGCGCUUUUAUGUGGUCCUGGACUGGUUGGAGAAGAAUAGACCUCAGGACAUAAAUCAGUUCUGGUCCUGUGUGUUUGAAGAUCAUAUCCUGACGCAGUACCCAACGCUACGCAUUCUCAGAAACAAUCUCCUGGAAAUUAUAGAGAGUAAAGGUAAAGCAGAGAAAGGGCAGGAGAAGAGCUACACUGGAAAGAGAAAAAAAGAUGAAAAAACUAGUGAGGAUAAUAUUGAUCCUCAUUUUUUCUCUGCUUUCACACCUAAGCGGAGGAAACCAGACAAAAAACCCUCAUUCUGCACUUCCAAUCUCUUUGAGAAACCUCCGGAUGUUGAGACACUGAAAGAGGAGGAAGAGAGUAAAGGAAAAGUAGAGAAAGGAAAGGAUAAGAGCUACACAAGAAAGAGAAGUAAAGAUGAUAGAAGUAGUGAGGAUAGUGAUGAUCCUGGUCCUUCCUCUACUUCCACACCCAAGCGGAGGAAACCAGACACAAAACCCUCAUUCUCAUCUCCUAUGAAGAAAGAAGACAAGAAAGAAAUGUUGAUGUUGCCUGUUCAUGAAGCUCAGCUGCCUGUAACCUGUGGGCAUAAAGAAGGCACUCUCUAUCGGAACAAACUGUCCAGAGUAGGGGAGAAAUGUAUUUUGUCCCAUGGACGCUGGUUCACCCCAGCUGAUUUUGAGAAGUUUGCAGGGAAGGAAAAGUGCAAAAACUGGAAAUCCAGCAUCCGCUGCAGAAACAUGACACUUAAGAAACUCAUAGAGGAGGGGCAUCUUCAGUGUCCACAGAGGAAGAAUAGAAAGAAAACCUGUGUUCAAAAAAACAUGAAUAAGAGGUUUCCAGUCAGUUCUAACAAGAGCUCCAGUGCAGAUUUAGAAACAAGCUCUAGUUUGAUGGAGGAAAGUGAUGCUGAAGAUUUCCAGGAGCAGGGAGGGAGGAGCGAAGGAACAGAGUUUAGAGGAAGAGUUGAGGAAGAGGAGGAGGUGGAAGAAGACAUGGCAGAUCUGUCUGUUUUCCAGGCUCCUUCUUUACCAGUCACCUGUGUUUCACUCACUGGGACUCUGUACAAAUACAGGUUUGCGUCAGGGAGUCGUGGGAAGUGUAUACGUACUGAGGAAAAAUGGUUCACUCCGGAGGAAUUUGUAAAGCAGGAACCGACUCUCACUGAUGGACUCUGGAAGAAAGAUAUACUGUGCUAUGGAAAAACACUCAACUUUUUACUCCAGAAAAAGGUUCUUCGCAUCCAUUCCCUUCUGUGUGAAUGUGUGAAAUGCAGCACUCAAGAGGAAGACAUGCUGGCCCAGAAAAAUGAUGACGAGUGUUAUGUGUGUCACUCUGAGGGAGAUCUUGUGUGUUGUGACGAGUGUCCACGAGCUUUUCAUUCACACUGUCACCUACCAGCUGUACACGGAGACUCACCUGGGGAAUGGAUUUGUACCUUGUGCGUGUUAAGAAACAAUCAACAGUGGCGUGACACCAGUAACAUGUCUGAAAAAGAAGCUUUCAAUGCCCCAGUGUCUCAAUACAUAUUGCACUGCCACUACCUCCUGUUAUGUGUGUACAGAAAGGACAUCCAGAAGGUGUUUGUUGAGGAUCCACGACAAACAGUGCGCAGAUACUCCAAGUUCAUAACUGAGCCGAUGUGGCUGGACAGAAUAAAGCAGAAAUUGGACAGUAGAAAGUAUCAGACGGUAGGAGCAUUCGUCUCUGACUUUCAGCUCAUUUUCAGCAACUGCAGCAUGUUCAAUAAGGACAAUGAGUUUGGCCGAAUGGGUGCCAGGCUGAAACAAAUGUUUGAAGAAGAGUUCCGGAAAAUCUUCAAAAUUACAGAAGAGUUCACACCUAAAAUACUUAGGGGACGUAACAAGGACAAACACAAAAUUGUAUACAGGUUUGUGUGUCCAUAUGCUGGUCAGUUUCGUUGCAGUCUGACCAGGCUUGUGUUUGUGAUGGAGAGUGAAGGAGAGGUGCUUUAUAACACUGUCUCAUGGGAUCCUUGUCUGUUGGUUGGUUUGGGUGUGAUGCAGCCUGCAGGACCCUUAUAUGACAUUAACUGUUUUAAUGGUUCAAUCUCAGGACUACACCUUCCACACUGUGAAAUGUUCGCAGAGGACGAAAUUGAUUGUUUAGCUGUAGCACAUUUCACUGGUGGUAAUGUAGCAAUAAUGAAUCCGCUUGAAGUGACUGAAGCUUAUGUGAAGAUUGACAUCCACGAUCUCUCCCUUUUUGGGCUCAUAAAAAGGAUCUUUUCUCAUUCCCCUGUCAUUGCCCAAGUACUUAUUUUUCUGCGACCAAUAACUGAGGGACAGGAAGAAAAAAUACUGGAUGUCCAUUUGCUUCCAUGGAAUGUUCCAGUGUCAGAGGUCGAGAACCAGCACACGGAGCAUUGUCCUAUCACAACCACUUCAAAGUGUUCUCUCAUCCUGGGAAAACAAUACCGUUUGUGUUGUCAACCAGAGGAAUCUACAGUGCAGCCAGAGACUGAGGAGUUUGUGUUUAAUUUGGGUCCAAACUAUCAUCCCACAUUUGAAGUGUUUGUACAUGUCAGAAAUGACGAGGUCAAACUAAGUCUUAUAGAUAUCACUGAAGAAAGGGCAGUGUGGCCUCCACGACGAGUCCUUAUCAGAGACACACGUCCAGUUCACAGACGGCUACCAGGAUCUGAAUUUGUGGACAGACACAGAAGUCAGCUCAUUCAGAGAGUUUCAUCAGUGAUGGUGAUUGCUGAUGUUCUGAGAGACAGGCGCAUGAUAACAGCGGAAAUGUACAAUAACAUUCGUGCUGUAGAAUCAAACCAUAACAAAAUGCGAGAAUUGUUUAAUGCUCUCGACUCCGGAGGAGAUCAUGUAAAAGCAGAAUUCUAUAGAUUGCUGGUGGAGAACGAACCGUAUCUAGUAAAUGAUCUGAAUAACUGACCCAAUAGACCACAGUAAUGCUUACUGGAACUUGAGUCAGUUUGAUAUGGCAGCUACAGCUCCUUUACAUGUAUAUGAGAGAGAUCCAGGUGCUUAUUUUCUGAAUUUGGUACAAGAUUUACAAAUUAUAUUUCUGGUAUGAAUCCCAAAUGUUUGUUUCAAACCUUAUGAUCAUGAUCUUCAUAAUCUGAGAAUUAACCAAACAGCAUCUUACCAUCUGAUCAUCAGUGCCAGCAUUUGUAGGCUAUGUCUGCUGAUUUUGCCUACUGAAUGUACCUGUGAAAUGCAGAAUCUAAAACAUGUCUUCAUUUAUGUCUAUGCUUUAUCCUUUAAUAUGCUUUAAUGUUUGUUUUUAAAAUUCUCAAACUGUAUCCAGAUUUACAUUUUAGAUUUCAUUUGAAUCUAUCCUAUCUAUCUUCUAAUCCUAUUUGGUGCUCAUUGUAUAUGUUAAUGUGCUUAUCAUUUACUCUGACUGGAUUUAUUUAAUAUGAGGUAUGCAUGAUGCUGUUACAUAUGAAUGUUUUAAUUGUAUAAUACUGUGAAAAAAAAAACACACAAUAAAAAGUCUUCAUCAUAA